CAUCCUUUCAGCUUCACCUCCUCUCUUGUCCUCCACUAAAGGUAAGAACUUCAGAUGACUUGACAGCCAUGAAGGUCUUCAUCCUCGCCUGCCUUGUGGCCCUUGCUCUUGCAAGAGAGAAUACAUUUACUGUAUCCUCUGAGACUGAUAGUAUUUCCAGUGAGGAAUCUGUUGAACAUAUCAAUGAGAAACUUCAGAAGGUGAAUCUCAUGGGACAGCUGCAGGCAGAGGAUGUGCUCCAGGCUAAAGUUCACUCCAGCAUCCAGUCACAGCCCCAGGCCUUUCCAUAUGCUCAGGCUCAAACCAUCUCUUGCAAUCCCCUCCCACAAAACAUCCAGCCUAUUGCUCAACCCCCUGUGGUGCCAUCUCUUGGGCCUGUCAUUUCUCCUGAACUGGAAUCCUUCCUUAAAGCUAAAGCCACCAUCGUUCCCAAGCACAAACAGAUGCCCCUCCUUAACUCUGAAACUGUGCUCCGCCUCAUAAACUCUCAAAACCCCAGCCUUGCUAAUCUGCACCUUCCUCAGUCUCUGGUCCAGCUCCUGACACAGGUUCAGGCUUUUCCUCAGACUCCCCUGGUUUCUUCUCAGACCCAGCUGUCUCUUCCUCAGUCCAAAGUUCUGUACUUUCUGCAGCAAAUAGCACCCUUCCUUCCACAGAAUAUGUCUGUCCAAGACUUUCUGCAGUACCUAGAACUUCUGCUUAACCCCACCGUCCAAGUCCAAUUCCCUGCCACUCAACAACUUCAUUCCGUUUCUGUCUAAGAGGAUUUUCAGGUUAUUUUCUCCUCCUUAUGUUUUUUGAAUUGACUGAAACUGGAAAUGUACAAAUCUUUUCAUCUUUGGAUCAUGCUACAAAAAUGACAUAUUUCUGAAUUAAUCUACAUGGAAAAAAAGAAAAUGUAUUCUUUUAUUUAUUCUAUGUAUUAUAUGGCAUUCAUUUGAAUUUGACCCAUGGACUCUAUAUGCUUCUCAAUUAUAUUACAGGAUUUUUUUAAGUGUUCAAUAUGGAGUUGAAAAUGCAAGUCAAUAAUGUAUACAAAAUAGUUUGUGAAAAAUUGGAUUUUCUAUUUUUUCUUUGAGAACCUAUUUCCUUUCCAGUCAUUUCAAUAAAAUAAUCCUUUAGGCAUA